AUGUCACCUGUUCAGAAACAGCAUCACGUUUUGACCCAAAAGUGCAACAGAGUUUCAACGUUCUUCAAUGAAAUGGAUGACUUAUGUUAUAUCUUUAUGCUACCAGAAGUGGAGUUUCCAAUAACUUCUUGCCAAGAUGCCAAGUCAGCUGCUGCUUUGCCUCCAGAUACAAAAGUGCUUCUGCUUAAUUCUCGAUCCGUGGCGUCAGAAAAACAGAUUGUGAACAGCUCCAAAGUGUGCACCACAGCCAGAUCAAUGACAAAACAUAAGUACGAGCAAUAUGACAUUAUACCUGGACUGGGGAAGAUAACGGCAGGCACAGAAACUUUACCUGAUUCAGCAUCUUCAUAUGCAGAUGACAAUGUACUGCUGGGGCUAGUUCCACAGAAACUGGAAAACGGCAACAAAUCCUGCAACAUUACCCUUCACUCUAGGAAAAACCACGGGACAAUGAUACUUGAGUACUUACUCUUCAAGCAACCAGUAGCUGCGCCUUUGAAAGUUUUCAUUAUCUUCGCCAUGAGCAUAGUAACAGUGCAACAUAUCAACACUUCCGACCUGAAUAAAUCAAAAGCAGCAUGA